ACAAGGCCACUGGGCAGUGCAGCAAAGGCAUCAAAGGGUAGAGAAGGCCAGAGGGGGCUGUGCUGGGGCACAGAGGGGCAUCGGGUGCUCCCCCACCCCUGAGAGCUGCUGAGGUCCAGGGUGAGGAUGACCCCAGAGGAGGAAGGUUCCCAGGCAGGGCCCCCGGAGCGGGUGCGUAUCCGGGUGGAGGAGCAGUCAUUCUCGGUGGAGAAGACCUUGCUGGUGGAGAGCAGUGAGUACUUCCGUGCCCUCUUCCGCUCGGGCAUGAGGGAGAGCACACAGGAGGAGAUUGGGCUGGGGGAGCUGAGUGCAGCUGGGUUCCUUGCCAUGCUGCGGGUGCUGGCAGGCGAGAGGCCCAUCCUUGGCAGCGAGGAGACCUUCCAGGCGGUGGAAUGUGCUGCCUUCCUGCAGGUGAAGUCCUUGGCCAAGUACUUGAUCCACUCCAUCAACUCUGACAACUGCAUCCUGCUGUACCAAGCUGCUGCCAUAUUCGGCCUCCUGGAUCUCUUCCACUGCGCUGCACUCUACAUCAGGGACAGCUACGCUGAGCUGGAGGAGUACCUGGACUGCCUCCCUGAUGAUCUACUGGCCUAUGUGGAAGCCCUCCUACCCAGCACCUUUGUGGCAGUGGGAGCCCACACACCCACCUUUGAGUUCCUGGAGGACCUCUCCAGGACCAUCUGCUACCUGGACGAGGAGACCAACACAUGGAGGACCCUCUCGUGCCUUCCGCUGAGUGCCAGCACAUUCCUAGCCGGCAUGGCAACCAUGGAUAAUAAGAUCUACAUCGUGGGUGGUGUCUACGGAGCCAACAAGCAGGUGGUAGAGAGCAGUUUUUGCUACGAUGCUGAUGCCAACGCCUGGAGUGAGUUCCCCAGCCCUCACCAGCUGCGCUACGAUGUCAGGCUGGUGGGCCACGAGGGCUACCUCUACGCCAUUGGCGGCGAGUACGAGAAGAUCUCGCUCAAGUCCGUGGAGAGGUAUGACCUGGCCUCCAGCACCUGGACGUUCGUCUCUGACCUGCCGCAACCAAGCACGGCAGCACCCUGUGCCCAAGCCUUGGGGCAGAUCUUUGUUUGCUUGUGGCAGCCACUGGACACCACUGUCAUCUACGAGUACGAGACCCAGCGAGACGUGUGGCUUCCCAUCACCGAGCUCAAGCGGCACCAGAGCUAUGGGCACUGCAUGGUGGCGCACCGUGACAACCUCUACGUCAUGCGCAAUGGCCCCUACGACGACUUCUUGCGUUGUGUCAUCGACUGCUUCAACCUGACAUCUCGGCAGUGGAGCGCCCUGCCCGGGCAGUUCAUGAACAGCAAGGGAGCUCUCUUCACCGCUGUCGUCAGGGGUGACACCAUCUACACCGUCAACAAGAUGCUGACGCUCCUCUACUCUGUGGAAGAGGAGACCUGGAAGCAGAAGAAGGAGCGGGCAGGUUUCCCACGCAGUGGCUCCCUGCAGACCUUCCUCCUGCGGCUGCCAAGACGUGACCAUGACAUCGCGAUGUAGCUGAUCCCCCAUCCCAUGUCAGGGUGCUCUCCUUGCACAUGGCCUUAGCUCUGCACUCACUGCUCCCCUGGGCUCCUCUCCUCCUCCACGGAGCUAUGCUCAGGUCCAGGGAUGCAUCAUGUUGGACCUUUGAAGUGACAGUAGACCCUGCCAGAGGGAAAGGGCAGCUGCUGUCUGCCUCUUCCUGCCCUGCAUGGGCACAAAGUCCUGUCAGCCAUGAGCUCACAAGCCAGAUGUGUGCAGGACAUUGUGGCUUCUGCAGAGGACAGAUACCACAGAGAAGCAAACACGAGAUUUAUUUAUUCUGACUGCACUAUGAGGGUGUGCAGCAUUCCACCUCCUCUCUUCCUUGAUGGGAAAUUGUUCAUUACAUGCCAGAAUUAAAAGGAAAGCUAUAGAAAAGAUA